AUGAGCGAACAAAUUAUAGAGAUUCCAAGGGAAAAUUCCCCACCACACAAUGGAAAAGAAAUAACAAAGAUUGUGUGUUCUCCAAAAUUAAAAUAUAUUGCAACUUGGAGCGAUAAAGACAUGUCAGCUUGUAUAUACUCUAUUGAAGAUCAAAUGAAUCUGAAAUAUGAAGAUUGCUAUUCACUAAAAGAGCAAAUCCAACAUGGUCUUUCAAAAGAAAUCGAAUGUUCGGAUUUUUUAAAUGCUAAAAAAUUUGAUCUAAAACUAUCAGAUCAAAAACAUAUUGCGUUGAUGCCUUAUAAUGAAGAUGAAGAUCUCAGACAUGCAGCACUUUUUGCAUUAGAACGCCACGAAAUGAAGAUUUUAAAACCCUGCGAUAAUAAAAAAGAAAUAAUUGAAAGUAACUUUAUAUUUAAUAAUAAUUGCGAUUAUUAUUUACUUGUCAGGAGAGAAACUAAUUCUAAGAAUCGUUUUAUAAGCAAAUCAUAUUCAAAUAUUGAUCAUGAGUUAAAUUCUAGGAAUUAUGGUGAUAAUACUAACAGUAUUACAGGCUAUAUAUUCGAGUUAAGUGGAAAACGUAGAGAAUCUUUGCUUGUCACAUAUAAGAGGAAUGAGGAAAAUAAUUUCAAUCUACUAGAUCCUUAUAUUUUUACUGAAUCAUCUAAUAAAGAAACGGAGGAUGAAUAUCCUUAUGCGUGUAUUUUUACUGAGAAGUUUCAUGAGGAAACAGAGAAAUUACCUGAAUUAGGACAUCCAUAUUUAAUUAAUUAUAGUAUGGUUUUUUGUAUUGAUAAAAAUGAAAAUAAAUUGAAAGUCCAAAAAUUUUCCGAAUUUUUGGAGAAUAAGCUUAAUAAUAUGAACUCUAACUUGGUUGCAGAAGAA